GCUCUGUCGAUGGUGGUGGCGGAGGGGGGAGUGUGCAUGCGUGUGAAAGACAGAGAAAGAGAGAGAGAGAGAGAGCGGUUGGCUCUGUGUAAACAGGCUGUCAGAAAAGAAAGUGCAGGGACGUUUCCACACGCUGCUGCAGCUGACGGAGACAGCCGCGCAACCUAGAGGAGGAUAAUCACGAGAGAAAAGGAGAGUCUAAUUAAUUCAUGCUGGAGAGAUGUUGUGCUGCCUCUGAGUGUAAAGGCUUCAGUGCUGCGUGUGCACCUCUGCCUGUAGCUUUGUGCUCAUGUUUAUCUGCUAGCGACGGGAUCCGCCAGUGCUCUGACCAUUGGAGAACCUCAUGGUAUCAUCAUCAUCACCUGGCUGAACGGAGGUCAUUGUGGGUCAUAGGUCAUUCAUUCAGCCUUGCUGUGAUCUUUGUGUGAACAUCCCUGCUGUGUAAAUCACAGCCCCGACCUGUCACACCUCGUCCGUUUCACCUUGACUCUGCACUCGUCCUCUCAUCUCCCCGUCCCAAGACUUCCCUGCUCCAGUGCCACCUCUUUCACCAUCUGCUCACAGAAGGAGCUGGGAUGACGCCAAACCUGCUCACCUCCAUAUUCUACCUCAACCAGGGCUAAUCAUCAUCAUCUCCACACACCCACUCCUCGCCACACACACUCCAGCCGGCGAGAUGGGCGACGGGAGCUGGGUGUGUCUGAGCCCAGCCGAGUUCUCCCAACUGCAGCAUUACAGCGAAUAUUCCUCUAAGAAGCUGAAAGAUGUUUUGGAGGAGUUUCAUGGAAAUGGUGUGCUCUCUAAGUACAACCCUGAGCAGAAGCAAGACGUUCUCAACCAACCUAUUGACUACGAGGGCUUCCAGCUCUUCAUGACCACCUAUCUAGAGAAUGACAUCCCAGAGGAACUGUGCCAUCACCUCUUCACCUCAUUCAAGAGCAAGACCAGCGGAGGCAGCUCCCCUGAUGCCCCCCGCACCGGAGCCACGCUGCUAGAACCCAAGUCGAUUGAUGCAGGCAUCUCUAUACAGACAGAAGUGGCUUGUGCACCUAUAACAGGGAUGAAUGGGAAGAGUAUUCUCAGUGCUAUGGGUAGACAUACUCCAGAGCACUCUGCAGGGAUAACUCCAGGCUCAGGUGCUACCACCUCCCCAUGCUCCUCCCGCUCCUCCUCCCAGCGCUCAGGCACAGGGGGACAAACGCCUGGGGCUCUACAUCGCUCGCCCUGCACGCAGCCCAAAGCACCAUUGGCCAGCAGCAGCAGCAGCAAUGCCCUGGCUCCAUCCAAAAUGACCAACUCUCCAAGACUCUCCCCAGAGCAAAAUCGGUCAGAAAAGGGAAUGUCUCUCAGGAGAAGUCCAUCUCCUCAGAAGAGUUCUGCACUUUCCUCGCCACAGGUGGUCUUCCUGAAGGACAUUGUGUGCUACCUGUCCCUGCUGGAGCGAGGGACCCCAGAGGAUAAGCUAGAGUUCAUGUUCCGGCUGUACGACACAGAUGGCAAUGGCCUGCUGGACAGCUCAGAACUCGACCGCAUCAUCAAUCAAAUGGUUCAUGUAGCAGAAUACCUGGAAUGGGAUUCAACCGAGCUGCAGCCGAUACUGAAAGAGAUGAUGGAGGAGAUCGACUAUGACCGGGAUGGAACAGUCACACUAGAGGAGUGGAUUAGAGGCGGGAUGACAACCAUACCUCUACUGGUACUGCUGGGCAUGGAGACGAAUGUACAAGAAGAUGGGCAGCAUGUAUGGAGACUGAAGCACUUCAACAAGCCAGCGUACUGUAACUACUGUCAAACAAUGCUGUUAGGAGUACGGAAGCAAGGCCUUUGCUGCUCACUAUGCAAGUACACAGUCCAUGAGCGCUGUGUGUCCAAAGACAUUGCUGCCUGCAUCAGCACCUAUGCCAAGUCCCGCAGACACACCAACGCUAUGCAGCAUGUAUGGAUGGAGGGCAACUCACCAACCAAGUGUGACCGAUGUCACCGCAGUAUCAAGUGCUACCAGGGCCUUACUGGACUUCAUUGUGUUUGGUGUCAAAUUACUCUCCAUAACAAGUGUGCGUCUAAUGUGAAGCCGGAGUGUGAUGGUGGAGCACUGAAGGACCACACCCUACUGCCUUCUUACAUCUGCCCUGUUGUACUGGAUCGUCACUCUGUAGUAAAAAGAGGAGAAGGCGAGUCAUCCCCCAGCACCAGUCCCGAUGACUCCAACCAGUGCUUCAAAUUCACGGGAGAUGGCCAAGCACUGCAGAUCACCCCUCUUCCUGGGACACAUCCUCUGCUGGUGUUGGUAAACCCUAAGAGUGGUGGUCGGCAGGGUGAAAGGGUGUUGCGGAAGUUCCAGUACCUGCUUAAUCCCAGACAGGUGUACAGUCUGGACCGUGGAGGACCCACAGUAGGACUCAACUUCUUCCGGGAUGUGUCUGACUUCCGAGUAUUGGCCUGUGGAGGGGAUGGAACAGUGGGCUGGAUUUUGGAUUGCAUUGAUAAAGCUAAUUUUGCCCGUCAUCCCCCUGUCGCCAUCCUUCCGCUGGGCACUGGGAAUGACCUGGCACGCUGCCUUCGCUGGGGUGGAGGCUAUGAGGGAGGCAGUCUUCUUAAGUUCCUCAGGGACAUCGAGCACAGCACUGAAGUGGUUUUGGACCGCUGGAACAUAGACAUCGUCCCUGAUGAUAAAGAGGAGAAGGGAGACCCUGUGCCCUACAGCAUAGUCAACAACUACUUCUCCAUUGGAGUGGAUGCAUCGAUAGCUCACAGAUUCCACUUGAUGAGAGAGAAACAUCCAGAAAAGUUUAACAGCAGGAUGAAAAACAAGCUCUGGUACUUUGAAUUUGGCACUACAGAGACCAUCUCAGCCACUUGUAAGAAGCUAAAUGAGAGCAUUGAAGUGGAGUGUGAUGGCAUCAUCCUGGACCUCAGCAGCACAUCUCUGGAGGGCAUCGCUGUGCUUAAUAUCCCAAGCAUGCAUGGUGGAUCCAACCUGUGGGGUGAGACCAAAAAGAGACGUAACUACAACCGCAUGAGCAAGAAAGUACCAGAGAGGAUGCCUGCUAGCACCGUCACAGAUGCCAAGGAGCUCAAAUUCUGCGUACAAGACCUGAGUGACCAGCUCCUAGAAGUGGUGGGCUUAGAAGGGGCCAUAGAGAUGGGCCAGAUCUACACAGGCCUGAAGAGUGCUGGUCGACGUCUUGCCCAGUGUGCCAGUGUCACUAUCAGGACGUCCAGACUCCUGCCUAUGCAGAUUGAUGGGGAGCCGUGGAUGCAGCCUCCAUGCACGAUACGAAUUACACACAAGAAUCAGGUGCCCAUGCUGCUGGGCCCUCCACAGAAAACACCCUUCUUCUUCCUCAAAAAGUGCAACAGAAGUCGGGACUAGACCAAUCACCCUCCCUGCCACAAAAACACAAAACAUAUCUUCACCAUCCUCAGCCCUGCUAUCUGCUCGGGGUGGUGGAGAUGGAUAUCUGGCUGAACGACUACAGAUGUACAAUUCUUUGGUGACUUACGGAUGAAAAAACGUUUAGCUCUUUCUUGCAUGGACAAUGGACUCCAACUUCCAUAGUAGCCUAAUAUUCAGAGGCUUCCGUGACUGAAUGAACCAACUCAGUGUCUUGACCAGUUCCUGUGUAUUUAAAUCUCUCCUAUUCCUAUCACAGGCUCCUCAGCCUGGAAGCUAUGUCCCAGUUCUACCAAGACACCCCACCAGUAGGCCACUGCCUUCAUAUCACACUUUGCCCUCUCACUUCUCGUGAGUGGGAUCAUCAGAUGAUACUGACUGAGAAGCAGAGGGGAUGAUGCAGAAGGAGCUGAGAAAGAAACUACAGUGCUCAGGAACAUCAUCAAAAUUGUCACCAAAGUAAGGUGAAAAUGGGACAGAGAGUGCUACAUUCAGGGUAGACAGCCGGAGAAAGAAAGUCACCCUGUCAUGAAAUUGUCCUCAAAGUGGGAUUGGGUGGUGCACACUGAGACGUCACUGGGCCCAAGCUUGGCCUGGCAGGACCAGGGAACAAACUCUCCUUCUGAAGUCUGCUGAAUAAUAGAUCAGUGCAUGCAAAGCACUCACUCCAGUGCCUCUCCAAGGCCCCACAACACACCACCACUUAAAGAGACGAAACAGCAAGCUCAUCUAUUAUAAAGUGGGUUGUUUAUGACCAGUGGGCUGGUGGGGGUAGGUAAGCUUGGGUUUACAAUCUGAGAGAUGCACACCUCCAGCCUCCACCUACUGUUUGCUUCUAGCUUAUCUGGUGUCCGCCCUCAGGCUGAUGUCCAUGGGUUGCUAAUGUCAAUUUUGUAAAACGAUGCAGGUGUCUUGUGGCUUGGGUUGUUCUUGGUGUGCCAGACACAGUUAAGAGCAUAAACUAAGAAGGUGCCAACUGAAGUAAUAUAUACAUUCAUAUAUAUAUAGGUUAUAAGUUAGAUACGUACUUAGAUACUAAGCUAUCAAAAUGACUGCACAGAGAAAAACAGUCUAAUUAGCAACAUAAUCUUUUGAGCAGUUCAUUGGAAAGUCUUUUUCCAAAUGAAGUGUGUCAUUAGCAUAGCAUAUACUAAAUCCAAAUGCAACUCCCGAUUUCAAGCAGUAUCUUUCAUAUGAAACACUGUUCCUAAUUACAGCAUGAAAACAUCAGAUCCUAAGUUUGAGUCCAAAGGCAAAGAUUUUUGAGAACCCCUAACUGGUCAAUGCAGGGAAAAGAAUCUACAUUGCCGGGCACCAUAUACGCUGUGAAGUAAACAUUUUUUAACCUUUCUAAUGUAGCUCUUGGAGAUGCUAUCAUUGUAAGACUAAAGAUGCCUACCAUCAUGUAUAUAAAUACACAGUAGUUGUAUAUUCUGAAAGCCUUCUUGUGUGCAUACAUAUGAAUGUGUUUGAUAACUUGCAGAGAAUUGUAAUAUAGCAGCAGAGACUAGCAAACUUAUCUAUUAGGUGACAUGAAUGGCAGAUAUGAGCAAAUGUCACCAGUAGAGAUCAACGCUCUGUAAUCAUCAGAUACAUUGGCAGUGUGCUGUAUUCAGAGUGGAGAUGGUAGAACCACAGAAAUUACAUAACACAGAUCUGGGUUUAGAUUUAUUUUUCAGCUUGAGAUAACUUCAGAUUUGAACUUUUAAAGGUCAACUAUGAUUGUACAGUGGAGGCUAACUCUCCUUAAAGCACGCAGAACACAAUUCUCUUAAUGGGGCAGGCUGGGUUGCUCUGCCUCUGGUUCCCUUUAAAGAACACUGAACCGCAGAUGCUGUAUCAAGGUCCUAUAAAGUGCAAAUCUGGCUAGAUGAUCACAGGAUCUGACAUUGACCUCCUGUCAGUCACACGCUAGUGAAUUUCACUAGGUUUCUGUGGUCAUCAGACAGUUAUCUUUUAUAGCCCUUUGGUACUUCAUAACAGGCGGUUUGGUUAAAAGAGUGCAUGUUUACAGUUUCUUUUCAUUUUACAGUUUAGACUGAUUUUAAAUAGUUGUGUAUAUAUAGAUAUUUGUUUAUAUUUUAUCUAAAGUUAUACCACCGCAUGCCUGCUGAAGCAAAGAAGACAAAGGUGUCUGCUUGAAGAGAGACCAUGCUGAUUGUUGCAACCCUACCAGUUUCUCCUCAUCAUAUUUCUGGACCUUAUCUAACUUUUGCUUAAUGGUCAUAGCCUGCUGUAUUUAUUCGUUGUAUUUUUCUCAUAAUAUAGGUUCGUAGCAUGUUCAUAGUAGAAGUACCUCUGUGGCUGUUCUUUGUUAAGUACUCUGUAGAGAAUGGUUUGGCACUAAGACAAAUGUAUUAACAGGGAACUGAUGUAUGUCGCUGGCAUUCUACCCACAGGAAAUGUCAUCCCUGAUAUAUUCCAUUGUCACCUUCUCUGUUGUUUCUGUCAAUGUAAAUGACUGAUGGCCUUAAACAACAAAUACAGAAUAGCAUUUUGCCUGGAGCAGCACACAUGCAAUACAAACUAAGAAGUCAACCAAAAAAGGAAACAAAAUAAGUGGAACUCUUCUACUGUGUUGCACAAAUAGGUAUUUGUUGCCAUUAGCUUCAUAAUUACGGGCCAGGAUUCCCAUCAUCACCCUCUGUGCAGGACCUGACAAUGUUGACACAUCGUCAAAAGUUGACUAUCAAUUUAUGUGUGCAAAAAUUUCUCUUGCAAAUCUUCAUUUAUCAAUGUUUAAUACUUCUGUCUUAUGUCUCUGCAUACCAGAAAAUGAUGCGGUAUAAUUUCAAAAAACAUGCUGCUUCCUUGCUCAUAUCUUAGGACAUGGAGGAAACUGAAUUUCUGGACAACAUGUGGUCUUUAACAGUGAUGGUGAAAUAUCCAUUUCAAUAAAUAGUCUCUUUUCUUUUCUGCAUUGCUCUGAUUUUGACCUUGCCUGUAAAUCAGACAGAGGUGGCAUGGUUUAGCCCAGUGCAGCCCUAUUCUUAGCUGAGGCAGAAAACCAGUAUUAAAUGACACAGACGCAGUAAAGCCCAUGUCAUUCCUCAGUGUGAUAUUCUACAUGUAUGUGUAAGCCCAUGUUGAGUUAAUGUGGUUUGUAGCACUCCAUCUGUGUGUCAACAAGGGUCAAGGGCACAGUGCAAAACCCUAUGGACUGAGCUCCCACUAAAGAGGAAGGAUUGAUUGCCCCUUCUCCUGACCCUCUUAUCCUCUGUCCUCCCCAUCACUAUCGUUAGUUGUAGGCAUCCAUGUUGAUGGACAAAAGAUUUAUUGAAUAAAAGGAGAGGUUGAGAACUGA